CAAGACACCGCUGAGAUCGGUCUCGUCCGAAGUCCGAAAGGGAUCGCAGUGUUGAGGGUUAAGAUGAAAGGACUAACUUUAGCAGCAUUAGCUGUCACGUUAAUCGCAACAGUGUUUGCCACAAAAUCGCCUUAUCAGGCUGUUCUUCAGCACAGCAGAAUAAGAGGAAGACAGCAUGGGCCAAAUGUUUGUGCUAUGCAAAGGAUUCGAGGCACAGAUAAGAAAUACUUUACCAACUGCAAGCAAUGGUAUCACCGUAAAAUAUGCGGCAAACCAACUGUGAUUAGCUACGAGUGUUGCCCAGGUUAUGAAAAGGUGGUUGGAGAGAAGGGUUGUCCUGCAGCUCUUCCUUUGGUAAAUAUCUACAAUACCCUGGGAGUGGUUGGAGCCACCACCACUAGGAUGUAUUCAGAGAGAGCUAAACUGCAGGAAGAGAUUGAAGGACCAGGCAGUUUCACAUUCUUUUCCCCCAGCAAUGAAGCCUGGGCUGAGCUUCCUACUGAAAUCCUAGAUGCCUUGGUGAGCAAUGUCAACAUUGAGCUCCUCAAUGCAUUGCACUACCACAUGGUCAACCAACGCUUGACUUCAGAUGACCUCAAACAUGGCUCCUCCUUCCCCUCUAUGUACCAGGACUUCAAUAUUCAAAUUCAUCAUUAUCCCAACGGAGUUGUGACAGUGAACUGUGCAAGACUAGUGAAGACAGAUCAGCAUGCCACUAACGGAAUAGUGCAUGUUGUCAACAGAGUCAUCACAGCUAUCACCAACAAUAUCCACUCUUUCCUCGAGACCGUUGAUGACCUGGAGACACUGCGGACAGCAGUUGCUGCAGCUGGUCUUACAGCUAUGCUGGAGAAUGAAGGCUCCUAUACUGUCUUUGCUCCAACUAAUGAAGCAUUUGAGAAGAUUCCCCCAGAUAUGCUUAGCAGAAUCUUGGGAGACCCUGUAGCUCUUAAAGAUCUGCUGAAUAAUCACAUCCUGAAAAACAUGUAUUGCGCUGACUCCAUUGUGUCAGGAACACCCCUAGAGACUCUCCAGGGCACAGUGCUGGAAGUGGGCUGUGAUGGAGAGGAGAUGACCCUUAAUGGCAAAGCCAUCAUUACAACCAAGGAUCACCUUGGCACCAAUGGAGUUGUGCAUUAUAUUAAUGAGCUUCUCAUCCCUGACUCAGCUAAGACUCUCAAAGAGAUUGCUGAAGGAGUUCCACAAGUUUCCACAGCCACAAAACUUUUUGAAGAUGCUGGAUUAAAUCGCUAUCUUACUGGCACAGAGGCAGUGACGAUGAUUGCACCUCAAAAUUAUGCUUUCAAAGGCAGUGUGACUAUGACUCCUGAGAUGAGAAAAGCAAUGAAGAACCACAUACUGAAGGAGCGGCUCUCCUCCAAGAGUCUGUACCAUGACCAGAAGUUGGAAACUCUCAGUGGAAAUAAACUUAGAGUGUUUAUGUACAGAAAUAACCUUUGUAUCGAAAAUGCCUGCAUCGCUGCCCAUGACAUAAACGGCCGCUACGGCACCAUGUUUGCUGUGGAUAAGGUCCUGGCUCCCCCCAUGGGUAAUGUGAUGGAUGUUCUGAAGGCAGACAAUCGCUUCAGCAUCUUGGUUGAUCUCAUUCAGAAAGCAGGCAUGACUGAGCUGUUGAACCAAAACAGGGUCUACACCAUUUUUGCCCUCACCGAUGAGGCUUUCCGUGCUAUGCCCCCAGCUGACUUCAAUAAACUUACAAGAGAUGACAAGGAGCUAGCCAAAGUUUUGAAGUACCAUAUAGGUGACGGGUUUAUUAUUAGUGGUGGGGUGACCUCUCAUAACAGACUGAAGCCCCUCUUAGGAGAGAAGCUUGAGUUAGGCAUACGGAAUUCCACUAUGUAUGUUAAUAGGGUGCCAGUUGUUGAUUCCGACUUGAUGGCUACUAAUGGAGUUGUGCAUGCCAUUGCUUCAGUCAUAAAGCCACUGCCUCCUAAAGCUGGAAGGGACCAGCCAGAAGGUGCAUCAGCAAGUCGUUACUCUGCAGUGAGGGCUGGGAUACAGGUCAUGAAAAAUGAUGACCUCUUCCAGAAGGUUUUGAAGAGUCAGUCCAGCAAAACAAUGUCCAGAGUCCAGUAAAGGUGUCGUUUUGGUGAAUAACUGAAGUGAAUUCUAAACUCUGCUGAUCUGGGAAGACUGACAUGCACAAUGAAUAAUCUUCUUGACAGCAGUGCAGAAGGUAAUCAGUUGAUUUAAAAGAAAGUCAUUUGAAGUUUAACAAACCAGGCAAAGAUGGGUGGAUUAAAUUUUAUCAUUUCAGUAUUGUUUUUGAAUGCCAAACGGCAUUCACUGGAGUGAAAGCUAAUGUUUAAAGAACUGCAAAUUGAUGAUGGCAACUGUAUUUUAAUGAGUUUUGAAUAUUCAUUAAUUUCACUCCUCUAUCUCAGUUUAAGUUUGAAUAGUACUUUAGAUAAGAAUUUGAGAAACAUUAGAUGUUUAUGUUUGUUUUUCAUUUUCCAUGUUUUGUUUGUUGAAUUUGAUAUAAAUGUAGCAUGUUUUGCAUGGUUUAAGAUUGAACAAAAAAAUGCUAUUUGGACACAUACCAGUGGAGGUAAAGAUUAUCUCUCUGAAUUUCCUUUUGCUGAGGGUGCAGAACCUGUUCAUUUAAAACUAACUGUACUGGUGUGUUAUCUGUACUUUGAGUUUGCUGAAGGAUUAAUCUUUGCCAUGAAGACUCUUACUCAGCAAGCCAGCAAACAUCUUAUCCAAGGUGCUAUGGACAAGAUGCUUUUAUUACACAAUAAUGUUAAGUUGCCAUAUUCCUAUCUAGCCAAACUGAACACUGUUUUUUUUUAAAAAGAAAAACAACUAAUAAACACUGAUUCUCAAGUUUU